AAAACGGGUAUUUUGCAUUUAAAUCAUUUUACGACAGCGCUGACUCAUCGGGAAAACACACACGGAAAAUAUAAAGUUAAACGCGGGGAUCUAUCUACAAAUAGAUAAAUGUCCUUAUGGAUUAUUGCAUACAAUAAACACGUAGAUUGUAAAUAGCGUUCUCGAGGCCCGGAACGUUGGGUGCAAUAAGUGUCGAGACCCCAUUGUUUCCAACGAACAAUUCUGCCCAAUUGUAUUCGAUUUGUACCAAUAAAACCAACAUAUAGGAAUGUUAUUCUUUACACUUCCUCGAUGGAACAUUUACACUUUUAUGUUUGUACAACGAUUAACAGAUAAACAAUCUUUUAUUUAUUACUCCAGAUAAGAAUUUAUCUCAUCUCUUAACCGCAGGCAUAUUGCCACAUUAUUGCAAAUAUAACUGUAAUAUUUUUUAUUGUAUGAAACUUUAGACAGGAUAUUUAAUUACGUCACUGUAUAGCUGCGUGCGAUAGAGAUGCGUCGAACGUAUGCGUUGUAAGAUCCCCUCCAUCUUUCGGUGAAUUCGCUCGCGCGGUGUCACAUUAUUGAAUUAAAAACGCUCGAUGUCGUCGAGUCGGUCGAUCUAUUUUUCAUAAUCCGUUCGUUCGAUCCUCCCGCGUAAGCGUCGUUCGCUUUUGAUUCCAUUCGAAACAUUGAACCGUGCCGGAGAUCAACCAGCAAAUUGAUUGCAUACGGAGAUACAUCGACAAAGCAAACCAGAUAAUUGUUGGACUUAAAACGUUGUUGGCGGCGCUGCAUCUCGCAGCUUUUCGUUACACGUGUAUUUUUCUUUUGCGUCGCGUUGCGAAGAAUUUUCAAGGUUAGACGAAAGUGGUCGGAACAACUUCUACCGGCUAAAGUAAAUUGCUACAUAUCAUUUCGUUGCUUCGAACGAUUGUGAUCUAUAGGGAUGAUCCUAAACGCUAUUUCUACUGUGAUUCUAUACAUACCUAUUCCGAUCGAAAGGUGUCUUUCGACACUUUUGCAUUUGGAUGUAAAUAUCUUUACAAGUUAAUAGAAACAGUGUUGAGUCAGAAUCUAUUAAAGUUUUAUCGACCGUAAUCGCGUUUCAGUGGAAGUGUUGAUUGCAUCGUUACCGAUCCAGCAUUUAAAUCGCCGAGCAUGAUCGAGUGAUAACGAUCACGUGUAAACUUUUAAUCGUGAAAACAAACAGUGAUCAAAGGCUUAAUAUUUAUUUCUGGAAGUCAUGCCGAUCGAAUGGAUAUCGAAAAUGUACGUUCGAUUGUUUCUUUCGCUUAUCUUUAUCCUGUUCAUCCGUCAACGUGCUAACGCUGAUAAAUGUAAAGACUGUAGAGAAACUUCUGAACUGAAACUAUGCGUCGUCGAGAGCGUGCACACGGCAAAAGACAUCCGUUCUCUCUGCCCGCAAUUGUCUUCCAUGUCGAAUCCACUAAAAUGUGUCGUGACAACCGAUAGGUCCAAUUGCCUGCGGCAGUUGGCCACGGGCCUCGCUGAUUUUACUGUUUUGGAACCGGAAGAUCUGAUCGUUGCGACCGCGUACAAAGAGUUCAACGUUCUAGUCACCACCGAGCUAAGACUAUAUCCAAACGAAAAGCAACGUUUCGAGAUGGUAGUUCUAACCAAGAAAAACGUGAAAACCAUAUGGGACGUUAAGGAGAAAAGGUUCUGUCAUCCUGGACACGAUACGGCCGACGAGUGGACCAAGGUUUUCUCUACGUAUUUCGAGAAAUGGAUAAUGCCCAGAGAGUGCGAUCCGGAGAAGACGAUGCAGGAGAACAAAGCGAUUGAAACGUCGAAAUUCUUCGAGUCGGCGUGUAUCGCCGGUCCUUGGUCAGCAGACACUAAAUUGGACGGUUUAUUGAAAUCGACGUACAAAAAUCUUUGCGCCGCGUGCGACGAUCCCGCCAACUGUGACUCGAAUGAUAAGUACCACGGGCGCGAAGGAGUUUUAUUGUGCUUUACUGAUAAUGCAGGUGAUAUCGCGUGGGUACGAUUGGACGAUGCUCUCGAGCACUUCAAGAUUAUUAAAAUCGUUUGCAAAUUUAUUUCUAUCGUUACCGGCGCCGGAGAAAUGCGAUCUUCUAAUCGGAGAUUAAUAAAAUGGUGUACGCAGGAAGAAAAAAUCGACAAAGAUGAUUACAAUUUCCUUUGCCCGGAUGGUACGACGAGGCCCAUGAAGUUCGACAGACCCUGCGCGUGGAUCUCGAAACCAUGGCCGGUGGUCGUUGCUAGAUCGGAGACAGCAGCAAACGUUCAACGGAUAAUGGGCUCGUUCGAGGCGGAGAAUUCCGGCUGGGUUUUGCGUUCUUUGUUGGAGAACUAUCAUCCAAAGUCGGUGAACAUCGAUACUCCGGAAACGCCUAAGGACUACCUGACAAGAUUUCCUGCUUUGUAUGGCGCGAACAACACUGCAAUAGCGUGUCGGCCCUCGCGAAGCGUACGAUGGUGCGUCUCGUCAAAACUGGAGGACAAAAAGUGCGAAUGGCUGAGAACAAUUUCCUUCGUUUAUGGCGUGGAGCCCACGAUUUCCUGUAUACGGGAGCCAACGAGAGCAUUGUGCUUGAAGGCGGUUGAAACCCAGCAGGCGGACAUAUUCGUCGCCAUGCCGGAGGAAAUGCUCGACGCUAGAAAGAUGCGUCUGAAACCGAUCCUACAGACGACAUUCAAGAAGAAUAACGAGUUCGACAGAAUUGUGGCUGUCGUCAAGCAGGAUUCACAGUUCCACAGCUUGAGGAACCUCAAGGGAGCCAAGGCAUGCUUCACAGGAUACAAAGACGUCGGAUGGAACGUCUUUGUAGCUAUUUUGAGGAAUAUUUCGGAUACGGAUUCUGAAUGCUCGGAUUCCGACUACUGGGAUGCAGAUGCAGUUGGAAAAUUUUUCAGUGAGGGCUGCGUUCUCGGGCCAAUAGACAGCCACGCGAAAAUUCCUUAUAAUUUGUAUUCCCUGUGCAAACAGACGGGCAGAGUCGGUGACGACAUAAAAACAUUCGACUGCUUAUCAUCUGGCCUUGGAGACGUGGCUUUUGUCAAUUUGAAGAACAUCGAGAAAAAGAUCGGUAAUUUAAACUCGGAAAUUGGAUUAGAACGAUUCUUUUGGGAGACCAAUCGUGAUUACCGAACACUAUGCCUCGAUAAAGAAGACAAUUAUCAAGGACACGUAUGUGAGCUCGCGUGGACGCCAUUAAGCACGAUCGUAGCACACGAAAACAUGUCGGACUUAAGGCGCGAAGAAAUUUACACGAUGCUGCUGGAUAUGGAUGAACGUUUUGGAGUUGAUUUUAAGGGCAGAGUACCAGCGUUCUCCAUGUAUGGACCGUACGAUUCGAAUUACAAUGUUAUAUUCCCGGGAGAAACGCAACGUCUAGAAGCCGACGUUCAUCAGAUGCAACACAUACUAAAUUACAACGAUGUUAUCGACGAAAUUUUGAAACAAGUCCCUUGCAGCGGUGUAAGAAAUUCGAGCGUUUAUUACAGUAAUAUAAUUGUUGUAUAUAUUUCGGUUCUUGUUUCGAAUAAAUUGAUGUAUGUCUAAUGGCGGAUGUUCUUUCAUCGUUGCAUAACAAUUUUAUA